CGUGCCAUGUCGUCAUCGCAUUACUAAAGUGUCAGUCGACCGGCCAUCACUCGGUUCCGCUAAUUCGCGUUCACAGUGGCAGACAUUGUCCUCGUUAUCCUUCGACACUAGUGUGCCUUUGCUUCUUUUGUGAAUAGUUUCCCGUAUCCUGUCCGAUUACUGUCCAAAAUGGUGUACGUAGUGAAGGAUGCUGCUGACUUCGAUACCCGACUGGAUUCCGCCGGCGACAAACUGGUCGUGGUAGAUUUCUUCGCUACCUGGUGCGGCCCGUGCAAGGCCAUCGCACCGAGGCUGGAGGAAUGUCAGAACAAGUACGCCGACAAGAUCGUCGUCGUCAAGGUCGACGUGGACGAGUGCGAAGAUCUGGCGGCUAGGUACAACAUCUCCAGCAUGCCGACAUUCCUGUUCAUAAAGGGGAAAUCCGUGCUCGACACUUUCUCGGGUGCCAACUCCGAGAAGUUGGAAGCCUACAUUAAAAAGCAUACUGAAUAAAAACUAGCAGCGGAGAUUUGCAGUUGUACCAUGAAAAUACAUCCCAGCAAUUGUUUAUGAUGAAGACACACAAAAAGUCGUGGCUUUUCUUCGCGAUGAUGUUAAUCACCCGACCAAGCAACAGAAUCUGAAUUCAAACUCCUUAUUAGUUCAGCUUGUAGGCGCAGGAAUGAGAUAGAACAAAAGCAGAGCUAACCCACUAAUCGCUUAUCGACACACGUCACGUUAUCCGUGCUGUCAAAAUGUCUGUUGUGUUAAACACACAUGCCGAUUGGCAGUAGCUUAGUCACAAUAUUGUUAUGUUAGAGCGGAACCAAACGAUAGCGUUACCAACCUGCCGCACUGGUACAAAAAAACAAAACCGAAACAAAAAAUGCAGCUUGGUGGGAAUUCGAUUCACGAAAAUAAAAUUCAUUCUUUGUCUAUGUUAUAA